AUGCGCGGGGCGGGGCGCGAGGCGCUCGGCCGCGGUGUGAAGUGUACGCUUGGCAGCCCCCUUGCCGCCGCCGCCAUGGCUCUCCUGCACAGCCACCGGCUCCUCACCGCCCCGCGCUUCGCCGCCGCCGCCCGCACUAGCUCAUGGUGGUCCCAUGUGGAGAUGGGUCCCCCCGACCCCAUCCUGGGGGUGACAGAAGCCUUCAAGCGUGACACCAAUUCCAAGAAGAUGAACCUGGGUGUUGGGGCAUACCGGGAUGACAACGGGAAGCCGUACGUCCUGAACUGUGUUCGCAAGGCGGAAGCCAUGAUAGCAUCCAAGAAGAUGGACAAGGAGUAUUUGCCCAUCGGGGGGCUAGCGGAUUUCACCCAGGCAUCCGCAGAACUGGCUCUGGGUGAAAACAGUGAGGCUUUCAAGAGUGGCCGGUAUGUCACUGUGCAGGGUAUUUCUGGGACUGGAUCUCUGCGAAUUGGAGCCAACUUUUUGCAACGGUUCUUCAAGUCUAGCCGUGAUGUGUAUCUACCCAAACCAUCCUGGGGCAAUCACACACCCAUUUUCCGUGAUGCUGGCCUGCAACUUCAGGCCUACCGCUACUAUGACCCCAAGACGUGUAGCCUUGACUUCUCUGGAGCCAUGGAUGACAUUUCUAAAAUUCCAGAGAAGAGCAUCAUCCUCUUGCAUGCUUGUGCUCACAACCCCACUGGGGUGGAUCCCCGGCAGGAGCAAUGGAAGGAGUUGGCAGCUAUGGUGAAGAAACGAAACCUCCUCGUGUACUUUGACAUGGCCUACCAGGGCUUUGCCAGCGGAGACAUCAACCGGGAUGCCUGGGCUGUGCGGUAUUUCAUUGAGCAGGGCAUUAACGUCAUCUUGUCACAGUCCUAUGCCAAGAACAUGGGGCUGUACGGAGAGCGUGCGGGCGCCUUCACAGUGAUCUGCAGUGAUGCAGAGGAAGCCAAGAGGGUCGAGUCACAGCUGAAGAUCCUCAUCCGCCCCAUGUACUCCAACCCACCCCUGAACGGAGCCCGCAUUGCCUCUAUCAUCCUGAACACCCCUGACCUACGGAAGGAGUGGCUUGUGGAGGUGAAGGGCAUGGCCGACCGGAUCAUCAGCAUGCGGACUCAGCUGGUGUCCAACCUCAAGAAAGAGGGAUCUUCCCACAACUGGCAGCACAUCACUGACCAGAUCGGCAUGUUCUGCUUCACGGGGCUGAAGCCUGAGCAGGUGGAGCGGCUGAUCAAGGAGUUCUCCAUCUAUAUGACAAAGGAUGGACGAAUCUCUGUGGCAGGAGUUACGUCGGGCAAUGUAGGUUACCUGGCUCAUGCCAUCCAUCAAGUCACAAAGUAAAGACAAAGGUGUGCCCUGGAGCUGGUGGCUCUCCCUGCCCCACCGGUCGAAGAUGGGGAGGGAAAGGAAACAAGCAGAAUACUUCCAACCACAGCACUUGACGCCGCUGCUGAAUGUAUCUUGUAGAUGAGUUGUAGAAGCCUAGUCAAAACUGCCCUGUGUUGUGGAGCAGGGACAUCAUUGUUGGCUCCCGUGCGUCACAGCCAUUCUCCCCUGCUGUCCAUCCUUUGUCCAUCAGCCCCAGCACCUAUCUGCCCUGGAGGAAGCAAAUGCUUAGCACUGCCAUCUUACCAGCGUAGGCACCAAAGGCUUCCCCCACGUUCAUUUCUUCAUGAGAAGGCUUUGUGCAGCUGUCGGCUGCUGGCCCAAGCGGCAGCGGGCAGGGAACUGGGUGGGCUGAGUGGGAGGGCUGCUCAGCUGUGCCCCUGCCACCUCCUCAACUGGCCCCUGCUGCCAGCAGGCUCCAUCCUUCUCCAUCCUUCUGGCCUGGGACUGGGCAGUGCCAAAGCUGCCCUCCGACAACCAGCUCAGGGGACUUCUCACUGCUAAAAUCUGCUCCAUUGCUGGCUUCACUCUUUCCAUCUGGGAAUCUCCUUUCAGGUGUAAUUCACCGUGGCAUCGGUGUGUGUGGGGCAGACCAGUAUCCCUCCUCUAAACCUGCCUGGCUCUCCUGAUUUCACUCCCAUACCCUGAGGUGAAACAAUUUCUCACUCCCCCAAUAAGAACCUCCUCUGAAAACUGCUCUCUGUUGGUCUCUGCCUCUCCCUGUUCCUGUACCAACCCCAGCAGCCCUCCCUGCAAAGCAGAGUCUGUGUGUGUGACCCAAAGCUGCGAGGUGGGCCCUGCUGUGCCUACCCUCACAUGGGAGUGUGGGGUAUCCCUCUCAUCUGCUCUGUUUAGCCAAAUUUCUGAUGACACCAGAAACAGGAGGGAAAGAUCCUGAGGGAAGUCUGAGAGCUGACGACUCAAAAAACAUUCUGUCUUUCUAAACUGAGUGUCCCCGAGGCUCUGUGACUCACUGGACUCUUAAUUUUAAUCCAAAUAAACUGGGGCAUGGCUGUGUUGA